AUGGCAGCACUCGAGGACUUGUACAAAGCCUGUCCAAAAUACUUUUACACCAAGUAUACACAUGACAAAGAUGGAAGAGUUGUGGUGGGUCAUGAUCAGAUUUAUGCACCAACUGAUUAUAUGUCCAAAAGCAAAGAGGGCAUGACCACAUUUUUGGCUGCAGAGCAGUUCAGGAUGAACAUGGGUGCUGUUGAUUUGGAAGAAGCUCGUCGUGGGUUCUGCAUUGUUGGAAUAUCCAAUGAUCUAUUCGGAAGUCCCUCCUUUUUUAAGUAUGCUGCCCGUGAUUGUAAGGCAAUUCUUCCCAAGAAGAUUGCGGAAAGAAUCAAGUUUUCGACUCGUUUGCCAGAGCUGGAGAAACACAUGCAGACAAAGGAAACAAUCCCCAACACAAAUGUCUUGGAAUGGGCAAAAGCACGCCAUGCCAAGUACCUAGAAACAUUGGACAUGCUAACCAUUAAAGAUGGUCCUGUGACUUUGUUUGAAAUUCUUUGAAGUCGCUACAGUAGUGAACCAUGCUGGGACACUGGCAACUGUUUUGGUAUCUAAAAG